GAUCGAGAAUUUCAACAUGCCGUACCUAGAUAUUUUCAGCCAUUAUGAUGAUGGUCGGGAUCUCACUGAUUAUGAUUUCAACAAUGAUGGAUUCAGUCCUCCAGUUGAUGAUGUGAAUAAAAGGAGAUUAGCGUACAGGCAUCGAACUAUAACAGAAAAGUACACAAAGGGAUUGCAUGGCAUUCUUAAUGAAGAUAUGAGAAAAUGUUGGGAAGAUCUUUAUGAAGAAACCGAUACUUAUACAGAUAGAUGGCUCUCAUCAGCUCGGGCUUGCUUGGAACAAUGUGCCAGUGGGAACUCUGAGCUGACUCCCGGUGACUGCUCGGCUGCUGGUGCUAAUGAUGGACAGGGUUCUAAAUACCAACAUGUUAAUGUCCUAGCGACUUCUGGGGCACUCAUACCGAGCAUGGUUAAAUGCCUGCUCUUUCGACUGGGUGAUAUGAUUUCUUGUCAGAACGUCUACAGUUCAUGGGAUGUCGGGAAGAUACAAUGCUUUAAAUGGAUAAAGGAGCGGUUUAGUGUCCAGCAGAACGUGCAGUUUUGUGUCAUUGGAGAUGGAUGGGAAGAAUGUGAAGCAGCGGAAGCCAUGAGAUGGCCUUUUGUUAAAAUGGAUCCGUCGUGUUCAACCAAGUAUCACAGGUUCCCGGGCCUCACCUCGAAACACUUUGAUCUUUACCUUGCUGUUGUGUAU